AUGCACGAAAUCAUCACACUCCAGCUUGGGCAACAAAGUAACUACCUUGCUACACAUUUUUGGAAUGCCCAGGAAUCAUACUUCACAUAUGGGGAAGAUCAAGCACUAUCGCCCAUUGACCAUGACAUCCAUUUCAGACCUGGUCUUGCCCCAGAUGGUACAGAGACUUAUAUGCCUCGUACUGUCAUAUACGACCUGAAAAGCUCUUAUGGCACCCUCCGUAAGAUCAAUGCUCUUUAUGAGAUUGUCGAGGAAGAAGACAGUCAACCACAGGCUCUCUGGCAAGGUCAAGCAACCAUUCACAAAGCCCCUGCCAUCCCCGAGUCUCCUUACCAAGCCGCUCUCAACUCAGGCUUGACCCCUUCUCGCCCUUCUCCCUCUCAAAUCCGCUUUUUCUCCGACUACUCCCGCAUUUUUUAUCACCCACGCUCAAUCAUCCAACUCAUCGCUCCUGAACUUGAGCUUCAUCUCAAUGCCAACAUCGCCUCCUCCAGCAGCGCUGCCUCGGCAGGCCCAAGUACCUCGAGCAUCCCGCCGCCCCUGGAGCGGUACGCUGCUGGCGAAGAACUUUUCAAUGACCUAGAUAAAGAGCAUGACUUGCUGGAUCGCGACUUAAGGCCAUUCGUGGAGGAAGCAGACCACAUGCAAGGCGUGCAGGUCAUCGCGGGGAUGGAUGACGCGUGGGGAGGGUUUGCGUCACAGUAUGUGGAGAGGAUAAGGGAUGAGUAUGGGAAAGUAGGCAUUUGGGUUUGGGGCGUAGAAAAUGGUCCUGCUUGGGGUGUUUCGAGGGAAAGGCGCCUUCUCCGCCUAGCCAACAAAGCCCGCUCCCUCAUCGAAGUAUACAAGCAAGCCUCCAUCAUCGUUCCACUAGCAGUCCCCGAGCGCUUGCCCUUGAGGCUUCAACUGGACUACUCCUCGCAAUGGCAUACCUCCGCGCUGCUCAUGGCCGCAAUGGAAAGCGCCACACUACCCUCGCGGUUGCGCGACCCCUUGAAGCGCGACACACUCAGUGACAUGGCCGAACUGCUCAAUACUAUGGGCAAGCAGAGCGUUGCGGGGUUACAGAUGAGCUUUUCUGCGGUUGAGUCGGGGCAAAGGGAUCAUAGGGACCCGUUAUCGCAGAGACGAAAGUUGACUGAGGAAGAGCUUUCCGAGGGCGUGCAGCUAGAUGUCAAAUUCACGCCGUCUGAUCAGCUCGAGCCGUAUGGGAGACGCAAUGGGUACUUGGCCUUGAAUCCGAGGGUUUUCAGCCAGUUGAUCUCGUUACGGGGUUAUAGUGAAGCGGAUAAUGACGAACAGCUCCCAAUGGUUGAUGAGAGGGGUCGGAUAAUACGCCAGAGUGCGUAUGAGCCCAUCACCAAGACCUAUGCUACUCCGUUACACUUCCCUGUCCUCGAUAGCUACCCUGAGAUUUUCCGAAAUGAUGUUGGAACACCUGUUGGAGAUGUCGUCAACAUCACGACCAAUUUGGCAACUGAUUCCUCGGUGUUUGGCCGAUUGAAGAGGUUACGUCAGACAGUGUUACGGUCAUUUUCUAUUGAGGACAGAGAGACACUGGGCAAUGAACUCAUGGAGAUGGCGGAUGAGUAUCAUGAGGGAUGGUCCAGCGGGACUGACGAUGGAGAAGAUGAUUGA